CAAUAGCAUCGCAUUGAAACAAACAGUACCGUUUGCUGUAGCUCCGCCCCCUCGCCAGCAGACGGCAGUAACGAGCUUCCGGGUUUGUUUUGAAACUCGUGGAAGGAAAAGAAGAGGCGAGUUUACGAUUGUUUACAAACUUUAACUACAUAAAGGUGUGUCUGAGGAAGAGCGACCCCAAGAUGCUUAUCCGGCAGCUGACGCGGAGCCUCCUGCUCCGUCAGAUGGAUUGUGGGAAUCGGAUCACAGUCCUGAGGACACUGAGCGUCGAACCCCAGCCAAAGUCAGAUAUCGCCGAGUUCCGUGAGGUUUUCUCCAAGGCCAAGCACAUCGCCAUCAUCACCGGGGCCGGCGUGAGCGCCGAGAGCGGACUGCCCACCUUCAGAGCGGCCAGCGGACACUGGAGGAAGUGGAAGACGCAGGAUCUGGCAACCCCACAGGCGUUUUCCCGUAACUCUUCGCGAGUGUGGGAGUUUUAUCAUUACUGGAGGGAGUUAGCGCUGAAGGCUAAACCCAGUGGCGCGCACGUGGCCAUCGCAGAGUGUGAGGCCCGUCUCAGAAAGCAGGGCCGCACCGUGGUGGUCAUCACACAGAACACGGAUGAGAUGCACCGCCGAGCAGGCAGUAAACACAUCCUAGAGGUCCAUGGAAGUCUUUUCAGGACCCGGUGUCUGAGCUGUGGAGACGUUGACGUGGAUCAUCACAGCCCCAUCUGUGCUGCCCUGGAGGGUAAAGGGGAUCCGGAUCCAAACUGUACUGAAGCCGAUAUUCCAGUGGAAAAUUUACCCAGGUGUGAUGAGCGAGGCUGCGACGGUCUCCUGAGGCCCGAUGUCAUCUGGUUCGGGGAGACGUUGGACUCACACGUUCUCACCAAGGUGGAGAAAGAGCUGGACGCCUGCGACCUCUGCCUGCUGGUCGGUACUGCGUCCGUCGUCUUCCCGGCGGCCAUGUUUGCCCCUCAGGUGGCAUCCCGGGGCGUUCCAGUAGCAGAGUUUAACAUUCGGCCUCGAUCCAGCAUGUCUCAGUUCACUUUUUAUUUCCAGGGCCCGUGUGCUGAGACGAUCCCCAUCGCUCUCGCACCUCACGAGUCGGAGCCGAUGUGAGACGACCUCCGACCUGCGCGAUGUCCACUGCCCGAGACUGUAGAGAGCCGUUUCAGGAUACAGGAACUUUCUCUGGUUGAAUCAGUUGGAUUUGUCUGUUUAAUAAAACAGAUCAUUACACGUAUUCAUUUAAACGCCGUCUGAGACACAACAACAUGCUUCCACUUGGUGCGAUCGUGUAUUUAGGUCACUGUGCAUUAAGGUGUUCUAUCUGGAGAAGAAACAAGAGGAGAAAUCUUAAGAAACACAUUUUAUUUCUGAUCUUCAAUACAAUAACUCAUUUCCAGGGGAUUUAGUAUAGAGAAAUGUAGAGAAUGUUAUUCAGAAAUGAUACAUUUCUCUUUUUCCUUUCCUUUUUCUAUGCAAAUAAUAACUUCUGUCCCUUUUUCUGAAAAAAAAAAUUAAUAAAAAUGUAAUUAUUUUUUUGUGUCCAUCAGUGGAAAAACUGUAGAAUAAUAAUAAAAAUCAAUAAAAAUCAGAAAUAAAACUAAUAACUUUG